AUGGCAGUCGAUCACUUUAACAUGUUAGGUAUUCCAGAAGCUGAACGCGGUGAUUAUGCAGUUCUUGGGGAUGAUGACUACUCUCGUGAGCGUCUUGAAAGAUUGAAACUCAAAGUUGAGGAUUUACAACACGAGAUCGAGGAGAAGAGACUUGUUGCAGAUGAUAUCAAAAACGAAAUCUACUCAAUUCAGAAAGAACUCUCAAGCAAGCUUUCAGAUCAAGAAGAAGCUGUCUUGAAUUCACCAUUACUUACACCAGGGGUCAUUGAUGGUAUCAGGAACCUUCUUGAAAGGCUUCAACAGGUAAAGGCCCACAGAGUUAAAGAGUUUGAAGAGAUUGCACUCAAUAUCACUCAUCUCUGGGACACCCUCAACAUAAGUGAUUCCUACAGAAAAGCAUUCCUAGAGAAAUAUGCUACAAUCAGUGAUGAAGUUUAUGAAGGUUGCAUGAAGGAAUUAGCUAAAUUACAAAAGCAGAUGGACGAGAAACUUCCAACACUUAUCAAGGCACAUCGUGAACAGCUUGCAGAGCUUUAUGACUUCUUCCAUAUUCCUCCUGAGGGUCGCCUCAUGGUUGAUGAAAAUUGCGAAACAGGACAAGAAGCCGUUAAGAUAUUCCAACAGAUGAAUGAUGAAAUUGUUCGCCUAAAGAAAUUAAAAGUUAAACUCAAUGAUCUUGUUAAAUUGGUCACUCAAGCUGAACAAAUUAAGAAAGAUUAUGAUGAUGUUCUUAAGAAUCAUGAUCCAAAGAACUACACUGCAAGAGAUACAGACUCAGCAAAGAUUCUUGUCUUUGAAGAACGUGCUCGCAGAAGGUAUAAGGUUACACUUCCAAGUUUGAUCGACAAAUUGAAGAGGAUGCUUGACAAGUUCAGGAAGGAUAAUGGCUACGAUUUCGAAUGGGAUGGAAGACCAUACAUCGAGAAACUUAAAGAAGAUGAGCAACAAGAAGCUAUUGAAAAGAAGUUUGCUGGAAAAAUCACAGAUUGCGGAAGUGUCCCUCCAAUUAAGCGCAAAGGAAAGAAAGGAGAUGAUCUCUAUCACAAUGAGAACAUGAAUGAUAAUCGCGGAAAUUCAGUUAGAACUGCUCGUCGGCAAGCUUAUGUUUGA